AUGCAGUCAACUGUCCAGCUGGCUACGUUAUUGGAACCAGUGAUUUUUGCUAUAAGGUUUACAGCACUUACUCCAAUUACCGUGACGCUUCCGCUCAAUGCCUCAGUUAACAGCUUCGUCCAAGAUUUGGCUGAGAAAUCUGGCACAGUGAUUUGGUUAGGUCUGAGGUGUCCCGAUACAAACGUAAAUAAUUGCAGAUGGGAGGAUGGCAUGGGCGCCCCAGCUCCAUACAAUGCUUUUUAUCCAGGUAACCCUAGUGGAAUUGGCGAAUGCGUACUCAUGAUGGUCAGUGGAACAGCUAGUGGAAGAUGGAUUACAGGGGAUUGUAAUAGUAUGCAGAUUGGAUUCGCCUCAAACUGUGGUGAUUACGAUUUACUUGGCAGCUACUGCUAUAAAGGCUACAGUCAGACACCACUGUCGCAGUAUGAGGCAGAGUCUUUCUGUCAAAACGAAUGCGGCCAUCUUGUGUCUAUUCAUAGCUCAAGUGAAAAUCAAAUGAUUACGAACUUCUACGCAAACAACGUGAAUUACAUUCGAAUUGGUUUGGAAUCGAAAUACAACGUUUACGCAUGGUCAGACAGGACAAAUUUCGAUUACAGUAAUAUAGGGUACGAGAAUGCAGCUCUUGGCGACUGCGUAGUGUUGUCCGCCGUGUACGAAAUGGUCAAUCGUGGACAGUGGAUUUCCGCUUCAUGCGACCAAAAAUUGCCAUUUAUAUGCAAAAGAAGAGAAGGUGACUGCGAAAUAUCUACAGUUGGAACAACAUCACUGGCAACACUAGCUCCAACUACUUGCAGUUCUCCCCAAUUUUUCAAUCAGAAUGGCACCGUAAUCACAUUUUCUUCUACUCACCCGGUUUCCCGUAUUCGUACAGUAACUCGAAAGCGUGCUACUAUACUCUUACAGUCGCUCAAGGACAAAAGCUCUUGGCGACUGCGUAGUGUUGUCCGCCGUGUACGAAAUGGUCAAUCGUGGACAGUGGAUUUCUGCUUCGUGCGACCAAAAAUUGCCAUUUAUAUUAUAACUAGCACACCUAUUGACAACACCUACUUCUCUUCGACGACCAACGUUAUGAAGAUGAUUUUCUUGGCUGGAAGUGAUGCAGCAGGAAUAAAUAGAUGGGAAGCAGAAUUUCAUUCCAAACCAGACGUCGGCCAUUACAUCUCUCCCGGAGGCGUAGGCAUUGGCUUAGUUUUGUUCCAGAAAUGCUCUGACUUCUUCAAAACACUGCCGCUAAGUGAUGUAGAGCUUCAGAAUUAUCUGAAGGUUUUUUGAAU